GGAGUUAUUUUCCCAGAGUCUGAGCAGAAGCCUGCCUCUCUCCAUCGCCGUUGCUGGCUGUGCCGUCCCUUUACGCGUAGAGCAUUACGCAUCAGUGGACUAUAGAGCGAGGACCCCGCACAGCACUGCACCUUUAAAGUCUUAUAGGAAACCCGUAUCACCCAUUCCUCCCGGACUGCUUUGGACUUAAAGGCAUCCCGCGUUUUCCGAGAAGUCUGGACAACUACUCUUCUUCCUCCCCCCCUCCUUUUUUACCCUUGGAUCUAUAGCUGCCGAAAAGCGCGCUCCUGUGCAUUAAAAUGCAAGUCGGACGCAAAUCGUGUUGGAGGCAAUUGCAGGCUUCUUUUUUCAGACUGCUGUGUCUUAUCCCCACAGGAUUCCCCGUCCGGAGUGUGGAUAUGCAGCGGGCCACCGACAACAUCACCAUCCGCCAGGGCGACACAGCGAUCAUAAGGUGUUAUGUUGAUGACAAAGUGUCCAAGGUGGCCUGGCUCAAUCGAUCCAACAUCAUCUUUGCCGGCCAGGACAAGUGGUCCCUGGACCCCAGAGUAGAUCUGGUCACUAAAGGCCAGCUGGAGUACAGCCUGCGCAUACAAAAGGUGGAUGUUUAUGACGAGGGAUCGUACACCUGCUCCAUACAGACUAAGCAGCAGCCCAAGACCUCACAGGUCUACCUCAUUGUACAAGUUCCAGCCAACAUCUACAAGGUGUCAGAAGACAUCACAGUGAAUGAGGGCAGUAACGUGACACUCAGUUGUUUGGCCAAUGGCAGGCCAGACCCUGCAAUCACCUGGCGGCUCCUCAACCCCUCAGCAGAGCCGUUGGAUGGAGAGGAGUACCUGGACAUUAUAGGCAUCAUGCGAAACCAAGCGGGUCGUUAUGAAUGCAAGGCCAGCAACGACGUCGCCACACCUGAUGUCAAAUACGUCAAUGUGGUUGUCAGCUACCCUCCGACAAUAAAGAAAACCCAGAGCUCAGAGACUCCGGUGGGCCGCAUGGGGACACUGCAGUGUGAAGCCACCGCUGUGCCCACACCAGAGUUUGAAUGGUACAGAGACGAAAAAAGGCUGUCCAAUGCCCAGGGCAUCAAUAUCCAAAUUCUUGGCAGUACCACUAUUCUCAUGAUUGCCAACGUCACCGAAGAGGAUUAUGGGAACUAUACCUGUGUGGCCUCGAACCGACAGGGCGUCCAGAAUGCUAGUCUUUUCCUUUAUAGACCUGGGACGGGUCGAGAUAUCAACGGCUCCGCCUGUGUAUCUCAAUCACUGUGGCUCCUGCUGGCCUGCUUCGCCUGCCUUUUCUUCAAGUGUUAAUACCGCUAUCCUCCUCCUCUUCUUCUUCUUCCCCUUCCUGGCCUUCCUUACUCCUCCUCCUCCUCUUCCUCCUCCUCCUCCUCCUCCUCCUCCUCCUCCUCCUCCUCCUCCUCCCCCUCCUCUUCCUCCUCCUCCUCCUCCUCCUCUUCCUCCUCCUCCUCCUCCUUUACAGCUCACCGACAUCCUUAUUGCUACCUUAUUACCAACUUUACCGCCCCCCAACCCAGACUGUUUGCAUCAUGAUAUGAAAACCUUACGUGCUCUUUAGCACUGCUUACAGAUAUUACAAAAAGCGAUGGGUUAUGAGUAAAAUGUUAUAAGAACAACAACAAAAAAAAACAAUGAAAUGAAGGACAGAACAAGCAAACAGUGCUCUCUUAAAGAAUCGCAUUGUUCUUUUUAAUUCGUAUGCACUUCUUUGUUUCUGCUAUAUCUUGUCUUCGGGGUCUGGAACGGGUGUGUUGUGUUUUUGUCUUCAUGGGAAUGAAAGCACAGGCACCCCGCUCACAAGGAUGCCAACAAUCAUUUGUUUCUAGAAGUACUGAAGACGUAAGGUGUAUUUCUUCUUACUCCCAUAGAUGCAUUAUGUUUACUUAAAUUUUAGAUUUAACCAAGUGUUUAACCAGUGCAUUACUGAGCAACAUGCAAAGUAUCUGCCAAAUAUUCAUAAACUAUAUAAGAUUUGAAACUAACACAUGCAGAAAUCAAAGGGAAAAUACUGCAGCUGAUUCUGUAAUGAGAUUAGAGCUUGAUAUUAAAAUCUGUACUACCAUAAUCUGAUGCUACUAGACUGAAGCAAAGAUAUAGAGCAUUAGCCGGAUAUCUCUCCAAUCAAUGACAUUGAUUCUAGAUGCAGCAGUCACUUGGGCUGUUGCCACCAAGCCCAAAAUCGAGGAUGCAGUGAAUAGAAGUGACUUGAUCCCACUGAGCUUAAACCAUGCGGAGUGCAAACCUGAGGAAAUUAGUUUAUCUGCUGAUGGAUACCUACAUCUUCAUCCAGUGGCUUUGCAACCACUCGCCUUUAUUCCAAAAGAAUUCCUCUUUUCUUUUGCAACAGGAAAAGAAACACAGUAGGUUAUAAUGAUGCGUACUGUACAUAGUAAAAUUUUGUAUUUCUCUAUGAUAAGACAACUUGUUCUGCCACUGUAACAACAGGAAACAGAGAAAAUUGUUGCAGUGUAUGUUGCUUGUUUGACAACCAACCAACCGUACUGGGCAGUUUGUCUCUGCUCCACAGCAGGCUGCACCCCAUUUAGCUACAUAAUACUGUACCACAUACAGUGUUUGCUUUUAGCUUAUGAGUUUUAGGAUCAUUCUUCUAUACUGCUGGAAUUUGGAUAAAAAUGUAUGACACCAAUGAAUGACUUACUUUUUAGUUUUUCUCUUUCAAAGAAGUAUGUGUGUUUUAAUAUGAAAUGAUACAGAAAAAUUCAUAAUAUAUUGAUAUUGAGGUUUUUUUUUUCUGUCUUUACCUCAUUCAUUUAAGUUGUGUGUAUAUAUACUUGAAUCCAAUGUCCUUAUACUAUAUGAGAAAAGGCAAAUUUUAUGUGUCCAUGUUUCUGAGUAGGGUAGCAAUUUGUUGAGGAUGAAUAACUUGUAGAUCUCUUGAACUGGCCACCCUGCUCUAUCAUGUGAACUGAAGCCCAUUAUACAAUGAUGUUUUUUUUUUUUUUUUUUUUAAAAAAGGUCUAGCAUUAAAAAGAAGAUAGUUUUGUGCAGUUAUUAUUGUACUUAUUCUUGAGAUGAUAUAAGUGCUGGCUUACAUGAUGUUAUAGGGAAUGGAAUAUUAUGUUUAGCUUGUAAUGCUCUUUCAUAUACCAGGAAUUCAAUAUGAGAGCAGAAAACACAUGAAUGCUUAUUCCCCUCAGUAGCCAUCAAGGCAAGUUUAACAAAAUGAUACCACUAAAUUACAUGUCCCAUGGCAGAUUUUCUCAUCACACUGAUCACUGAAUUUAUGUCUUUACGAACAAAGUGGUUCAAUGGAUACAACAUGUGUCAUAUUUAGUUAAACUCACAAGAAGAAGAUCUUUCAAACAGUUUUCAGGAAACAGCUCAUUGCUGCUCUGAUGAGAAUUGCUGAAACUGGUGCACUAUUAGCUGCCUUUUUUCGCCAUUUAUUUUGACCUACUGUAAGGUGACUAAUAGCGUACGGACUCCAGCGCCCAGCUCAGCCCCUCGACUGGAUGUGUGUUCAUUUCUCCGCUCUUCUAACAACCAAGCCGAGAUAGUACUAGUACUGUAAAACACACGUGUAAUUAAUGUCAUCCUUGUCAUGCAUUAAAGACAUUGUUCCCAGUG